AUCUUAACAUCAUCGGAGUGCGCACUUCCCCACACCUGGCCAAGACUCUGAAAUUGAGGUCCGAGGAACAAGGCAGAAUAAAAAGCGGACAGAAUCUGACACUCGUCAAACCCCUCGCAUCCCAACCCCGUCCACGGCAACACAAGCCUCCCCUUUGGGAAGACCCAUCGGAACACACAUCGCACAGGAGAAACACGCAGACGCAAGCACUUGCUUCCAUCACCAUGGCCGCCCCGCUCCCCGAAAGCCAGCUCGCCAUCGUCAAGUCGACGGCGCCCGUUCUCCAAGAACACGGCGUCACCAUCACGACCGUCUUCUAUGAGAACAUGCUCCGCGAGCACCCGGAGCUGAACAACAUCUUCAGCACCACCAGCCAGAGGAACGGCCGCCAGGCCCAGGCGCUUGCCGCCGCCGUGCUCGGCUAUGCCACGUACAUCGACGACCUCCCGAAGCUGGCGCACGCCGUCGAGCGCAUCGCCCACAAGCACGCGUCGCUGCAGGUGACCCCUGCCAUGUACGACAUCGUCGGCAAGCACCUGAUCCAGGCCAUCGGCCAGGUGCUCGGCGACGCCGCCACCAAGGAGAUCGUCGACGCCUGGGUCGCCGCGUACGGCGUGCUCGCCAACGUGUUCAUCACGCGCGAGGGCGAGAUGUACAAGACCCACGCGGCGAACCAGUGGGCCGGCUGGCGCAAGUUCCGCAUCGUGCGCAAGGUGCCUGAGAGCAGCGUCAUCACGAGCUUCUACCUGGCGCCGGUCGACGGCCUCACGCCGCUGCCGCGGUACCUGCCGGGCCAGUACGUCAGCCUCCAGGUCCACGUGCCCGAGCUGGGCUACCUGCAGAGCCGGCAGUACAGCCUCAGCGAGGGCCCGACCGACAAGGGCGAGUACUACCGCAUCAGCGUCAAGCGCGAGGACAGCCCCGAGACGGGCAUCCCGGGCAUCAUCUCCAACAUGCUGCACGCCAAGUACGGCGUGGGCGACGAGGUCGAGCUGUCGCACCCGCAGGGCGAGUUCUUCGUCGACCCCAACGACACCAGCAAGGAGGGCGUGCCGGCGGUGCUGAUCUCGGCGGGCGUGGGCGCGACGCCGCUCAAAGCCAUCCUCGACAGCCUGACGGCCGGGCCGGACGGCCAGCCGCCGGCGGUCAAGCGGCCCGUCUCGUGGAUCCACACGGCGCGCUCGAGCGCGGUGCAGCCGUUCGGCGACGCGGUCCGCCAGAUCUGCCGCGAGAACGAGAACGUCACGGCCAACGUGUUCCUGCGCAACCUCGGCCCGGACGACCGCGAGGGCGUGCACUACGACUUCGGCGACAUGCGCCUCGACCUGGCCAAGCUCGACCACGACGCCCACCUCUUCCUCGGCAACCCCAAGGCCGAGUACUUCAUCUGCGGCCCUGAGGCCUUCAUGAAGGACGUGCGGCAGAAACUCGCCGCCAUGGGCGUCGACAAGAGCAGGAUCUUCCUCGAGUUGUUCGCGACCGGCGACGUCGCUGAUGACUAAGGGCGUGGCGGUCUGGGAGGUUGGGCUGGUGUAGGUUGGUCAGCAUUUGAGGCAUCAGACAUCAGAAUCAGCGGGAGGGGGUUCGGAGUUGGGGUUUUGGCUUUGCUCCAUGCUUUUCUGUCGUUUACCCGCGUAUGGUAGGAUACCUCGGGGGAAUUGUACGAACUUCUCUACUCUUCCAAGUGUGUUUGAUGUUGGGACGUCUGGCUUAUGAAGAAUGGGCCGACACGCUGUUUGGUCAUGAUGUGGUCACAGGACUUAGCGCGAGGGGACUUCUCCGCGGUUGGUUCCGCGGCACUGUCUCGCCAUUCCUGAUUCGAGGUUUUUGGCUGAUCACAACUUCCCGGUCCCAACCCCGCUUCAUGCCAUCGUCGUUCUUCCGCGGAGGAGUCGCAAACUAGUGUACACAGUAAACCUUCCACGGAGCCCAGUUCGCUGGGUUAGCUGCCCGUCAAUGGGUUGGCCGCCAAUC